AUGGACUCACUCGUUCGUGGGAGAAAAUCGCAAGAAUCACGAUGGGAUCGUAUAAAAAAGGAUUUAGCUCGGUUUCGAACAAGUGAGGAGCUGGACGAUAUAGACAUCCAGACUGAGCUGGAUAACCUCCAAGAAGUUUGGAGCGGGACGGAUUUCUCGUCCACUCAACACGAGGUCCCGCUAAUGCAAAAUGGCUCCGACGCCAUUCGGCAACUCGCAGAACAGCAAGCAGAAUUUUUCCGCCAUUUGUCAUCCAGUUUUUCCUUUGUGCAUCAAGCUGCCAACUCGAGCACCGCUGCAGCAAGUGUUGAUCAGAACGCACAGAUUUUUUCUGAUAUUAAGCUACCGCGCAUGAAUCUUCCAAUAUUUAGCGGUAACAUUCUCGAGUGGCCAUCGUUCUACGAUUUGUUCGACAGUGCUGUUCACAAAAAUCCGAACCUACAGGACAGUCAGAAGCUUUAUUUCUUGAAGGCCAACCUCGCUGGUGAAGCUGGGUCUUUGAUUUCUCACCUUAGGAUCGAGGACGCCAAUUACGCACCCGCGCUUGCCAAACUAAGGGACAGAUACGAUAAGCCAUUCGAAAUAGCUGCACAGCAUAUACAGCGCUUUCUGGGCCAACCAUCAGUGACGUCUCCAUCCGCCAUUGGAUUGCGCUCUCUACACGAUGUGUCUGACGAAGUUGUUCGAGCGCUCAAGGCCAUGUGGUUCCAGAAGAAGGCUGACCUAACGGAUGAAGAAAUUACGCUGGACAGAUUUUUGAAAUUCGUCGAUUCACAUAGUUGCGCUUUAAAAUCUAUGCAACCAAGUCGUUCGAGAACAUCAACAACAUUAUUCAAGCUCCCCGCCAAGGUUCAACCUAGAACACCUACACUCGUAUCCACCAACCAUGUUUCACAUACAGUCUGCGGUUACUGCGCCAAAUCACCGCAUCAGUUAUAUCAGUGCGGUAAGUUUUUCAACUCGAAGGCUAAUGAACGCUUUGCCUAUAUUUCCGGACAGAAGCUCUGUCAAAACUGCCUGAAGCUACAUGCCGGCGAAGCCUGCAAAUCUGGUAGCUGUAGAAAGUGUAACCAAUUCCAUCAUACUCGUUUGCACGAAGCCUUCCACCCACCAGCCGCUCAAACUGCAACUAGCACGUCAUCCGCUAUGGAGCUUUCCGGUCCCCAUUCAGUGGCUCAAUCACUGGUUUCCCACCUCAACCUGAAAAAUGACCUUGUCGAUACUAACGUCCUCCUGCUGACAGUUACAAUCAACGUCCAGGACAAACAUGGGAGGCCCCUCGCUUACAGAGCAAUUCUUGACUGCGCCUCUCACACCAGUUACAUAACCACAGAUUUGUGCGAUAAGUUAGGUCUAUCAACCGCUGACGUCGACUUUGAAUUUGGUGGAAUUUCUGGAACCUUUGGCCAUGCCGGAACCAUCAAGCUCUGCCUAGAGAACCGGUUGCCUGUCCUUCAAAAUACCAAAUUAGGAUGGGUGGUUUCAGGUGGAUACGAAUAUCCCAAACAAUCGGCAGAAUCGAGCCUACCAUUAUGCUUAUUGGUUUCUACUGAUGAUCUUCUAUCGAAACAGUUAAAACAAUUCUGGGAGCUCGAAGAGUAUGCUAACACUAAACCGUACUUCAGUAACCAAGAAACACAGUGUGAGGAUCACUUUCUGAAGCACACUACCCGCAACGAGUUUGGACAUUUCGUAGUGCGUCUUCCAUUCCUGGAAAAUCCCAACACCUUGGGCGACUCUAGGGAAAUGGCAACCAGAGGACUGAUCCAUCUUGAGCGGAAAUUGAACAAAAAUCCGCAACUUCUGGAGCGUUGGCUGCACCAUCGACCACAAGGCGUCCUAUCUUUCUUCCUCACCACUGCGUCGUCAAGGAAGCUAGCACAACCACGAAAUGCCGUGUGGUCUUUGACGCUUCCGCUAAAACCACCAGCGGGAAGUCCCUCAAUGAUAUUCUUAUGGCGGGACCAGUUCUGUAAGAUUCAUUGA